AGUCGUCCGCGUACAUGUUUUCUCUCACAAGCAAUGUUUUUAAACCCGGGACGAUUUACCGGGUUGUUGGAUCACUGGAUCGACCGUGGAUGAACCGUGGAUUAAUGAAUAAAUUAAAAUUAUUAUAUAAUAAUAUAUCAGUCUUGUAAAUAAAAAUAAAAAAAUUAAGUUUAAUAUUUUCUAAAUAUAUUUUUUUAAAUCAACGACGCGGUCGAUCCAGUGAUCCAAUAAUCUGGUGAGUGAUUCAGUAUCCGGAUCGGGUGUAAGAACAUUGAUGUAAACUUAUAUUGUUUGCAAAGUUGUACUGGAUUACCAGACCCCACACUACGUAUUUUUGUGUCAAGCAUUACUCGAUUAUGGUCCAUCCAACUUUUACGUAUGGUACGUUUAAGUUGCGCUAAUAUAAUAUUUGGUGUAUUCGUAAUCUUUUUCAAAGAUUUUGUAUUUUGUAUUAAAUUUUGGUUGAUAAUAGUGAAAAUCUAUAGUUUUAGAACAAAACAUAUAGUUUCUGAACAAAGGUCUUGAAUAUCUUUAGCAUUGCUUAAACUAAUUCACUCAGAUAUAGUCCAAAAUAUACCUUUUCUUUUCCGAAAAAUGAAAAUUGUUUGUCUGUCAGAUCUGAUGACGCAUAUAUAGUUUUUUUUUAGUUAGACUUAACUCCGUAGAGCAAAUACUUUUUAGUUAGACUUAAAAACCAUAGGUUUUGCUCUUAAACCUAUGAUUUUUUUGAGCAAAAUCUAUACCAAUUUCCUUCUUCUUGUAUACGUUUCAGUUUGUGACUUUUCCUUUUUUCAGUCGUUACUUAAACUUAAUGCGUCCCACGUGUUGAAGUUUCAUUGGAUAAAUAUUUAUACGACGUGGAAAUGGAAACUUAUAAAACGAGAACUCGUAAGCCCCCACCAAAAGAGAAGAGUGAAACCCUAAUUAUCACGAGACAGAAGAACAGGGUUUGGGUUUUGUCUGCUUCCUAUAAAUCUCAAAACCGUUUAGGGGCUAUUGUCUCUCCAUCGAUCAUGGAUUAUUCGGAUGAUGAUGUCAUGCUCGAUAUUGAAUCAGGUGAAGAUAAUUUAUACAGUGACGACGUUGAUCCUGGAUUCGCCGAGGAAGACAAUGACAACGAUUCUGCAUCUCAGCUAAGUUACGUCAUACUCAAGGAAGAAGAUAUUCACGAGCAUCAAAGGACUGAUAUCGAACAAGUUUCUACGCUUCUCUCUAUAAGCCAAGCUGAAGCGAUCGUUCUGCUUCUUCACUAUCAGUGGAAUGCUAGUAAAGUGGAAGAUGAAUGGUUUACCGAUGAAGAGAGAGUUCGUAAAACCGUCGGUAUAGUGAAGGAGCCUGUCGUUGAUCUUAAUCAAAUGAAUAUUAUAUGUGGAAUUUGCUUUGAGUCCUAUUUUCAAAAGGACAUUGCAACAGUUUCUUGUGGUCAUCCUUAUUGCAUGACUUGUUGGAACGGUUACAUCACUGCAAAAAUCACCGGUGGUCCUGGCUGUUUGAUGGUUACAUGUCCUGAGCCUUCUUGUUCUGCUGUGGUCGGUCAAGAUAUGAUCGAUAAGCUCAUAUCUAAUGAAGAGUAUAAGGAGAAGUAUUAUAGAUAUUUCUUUAGGUCUUAUGUUGAAUCCAGCGGGAAAAAAAUAAAGUGGUGUCCAUCACCAGGGUGCGAAUACGCGGUUGAUUUUGGAAGAGGAAGUGAAAACUAUGACGUUUCUUGUUUGUGUUCUAAUGACUUUUGUUGGAACUGUAGUGAAGAUGCUCACCGUCCUGUGGACUGCGAUACGGUGGCGAAGUGGAUAUUCAAGAACAAUGAUGAAUCCGAGAACACGACUUGGAUACUAGCCAAUACAAAGCCUUGUCCCAAAUGCAAGCGUCAUAUCGAGAAGAACCAGGGAUGCAGCCACAUGACAUGCUCAGCGCCUUGCCGUUUUCAGUUUUGUUGGAUCUGUCUUCGUGCAUAUCCAUGUCCUGAGGAUUGCAACAAGUUUAAGGGUGAUGAUGAGGCUGAAAACAAGAGAGAAAUGGCCAAAACUGCCUUGCGUAGAUACAUGCAUUAUUAUGAAAGAUGGGUAAGUAAUCAAUCGUCAAGGCUAACGGCUAAGAGAGACCUGGAGAAGUUGCAAUCGGUGCAACUUAAGCAGCUUAGUGACAAACACAGCACACCAGAAGCUCAGCUUCAGUUCAUUGUAGAUGCAUGGCUUCAGAUCAUCGAGUGUAGGAGGGUCUUGAAAUGGACAUUUGCAUAUGGAUACUACCUUCCUCAACAUGAACAUGCCAAGAAACAAUUUUUCGAGUAUUUGCAAGCGGAGGCUCAAGUUGGUUUGGAGAGGCUUCAUGAUUGUGCAGAAGUGGAGUUUAAACAGUUUGUCAGCGAAACCGAAGAACCGUCUAAAGAUUUCAGUGAUUUCCGCAGGAAAUUGACUGGUCUAACUAUAGUAACCAAAACCUACUUCGAAAAUCUGGUGAAAGCUUUGGAGAAUGGUCUUGCUGAUGUAGAGAGCACAAUGAGAGCAAAAUAACAACAGACUCUAUGACUUCCACCACAAGAUAAAGUUUGUGAGCAUAUAAUUUUACUAUGUUUAUUUCUAUAUUCAAACUUUAAUAUUAAAAUAAAAAUGGAUCAAAUAUCAUAUGACACAUGUUGUAGUGUUUUGGCAUGUGUAUUCAUGAUUUCUUGAA